GGAUGAGCAGAUCUCGCCCGAGGAGCCCUCGGGAUUCGGCUUCCUCCAGCAGUCCCGAGCCCCCUCUGUCUCGGAGAUGAAGGGUCCGCAGCCCUGAACCGAAAGCCGGGGCGAGGGAAGGACCGGGAGUGCGCGGGGGUGCCUGGCGUGCGUCCGGGAGGGAAGUAAGGUGGCUGCGGAAGAGAGCCCGGCUGCCUGCGUGUGAGAGCGAGCGGGAGAGCGCAGCUUUUCCUCUGUCCUGCGCCGGGGGCUCCGGCUAUUGUUCCGAGGGCUCCCAACCAAGUAACAGCCGCUGAAACCAGUCUAGUCCCGCGCAGGACUCGCUGAGGGCUGAGAAUGAUGGCUGCUGGAAAAUUUGCAAGCCUUCCCAGAAACAUGCAGGCGAAUCAUCAGUUCCCCCUGGCUUCUUCCAUGGACCUUCUGAGCAGCAAGUCCCCCCUUGUUGAACCCCGCUCCGAUGCCUAUCAGGAUGUGUCUAUACAUGGGACCUUACCGAGAAAGAAAAAAGGACCUGUUCCCAUAAGGUCUUCUGAUGCAUUUAGCCAUAUGGGAACCCUCCCUUACUCCAAGGCACAUCGGCAGAACUCCCCUCUGAUCCAAGACGUGAUAGAAGAGAGUCCAGUACAAGACUGGCAAAAAUCCACCUUCAGGGAUCCGCAUCUCCUGGACCCGGUGAUGGAAUAUGUGAAGGUCCAGUGCUCUCUCCACUGUGCUGCCUCACUGCCACCAAGAAAGUUCUCCAAGGAAAGACACAUUAUGGACAGGACCCCAGAGAAGCUGCUGAAGAAGGAGCUGGAGGAAGAGCUGCAGCUUAGCGGUGAAGACUUACGCAGCCAUGCCUGGUAUCACGGGCGCAUUCCUCGACAGGUAUCAGAGAGUCUUGUGCAGCGAGAUGGAGACUUCUUGGUGCGGGAUUCUCUCUCUAGUCCUGGAAACUUCGUCUUGACCUGUCAGUGGAAGAAUACAGCCCAACAUUUCAAGAUCAGUAAGACAAUUCUCCGUCUCAAUGAAGCCUACUGCCGUAUCCAGUAUCAGUUUGAUCAGGAAAGCUUUGACACCAUCCCAGGCUUAGUCAGGUGCUACGUGGGGAAUCGUCGACCAAUAUCCCAACAGAGCGGGGCUAUUAUUUUUCAGCCCAUCAACAGGACUGUACCACUGAGGUGUCUGGAGGAGAGGUAUGGCACUUCUCCUGCCCGGUCAAGGGAAUACAGCCUCUCAGAGGGAAAAAUAGAAAGCACAAAAAGACUGAGCCUCAAUAUGUGCAAUGCGCCAUCUCGAGAACAGAGUUUGGCCAGAGGAAAUCUUCUAAGAAAUAAAGAAAAAAGUGGGAGCCAGCCUGCAUGCCUGGAUCACAUGCAGGAUAAAAGGUCCUUGUCCCUCAAAGCCCACCAGUCAGAAAGUUACCUGCCAAUUGGUUCUAAGCUGCCACCCCAGUCCUCUGGAGUAGACACAAGCCCCUGUCCAAAUUCCCCAGUAUUCAGGACAGGCAGCGAGCCAACACUCAGCCCCACAGUGGUGCGGAGGGUUUCCUUGGAAGCACAGGUCCCCGGGGAAGCCUUGAGAGGAUCAGACAGCCAGUUGUAUCCCAAACCUCCACCUAAGCCAAGCAAAGUGCCUUUCCUAAAGCCACCCCAGUCUCCUUCCACUUGGCACAACUUUGAGGCAAACUAUUGUGAACUCAAUCCUGCCUUUUCCCCUGGCUUCUGUGGGACAAAGCAGGCUCUGUGUCCCCAGAGUGGCUGUGGGGAGCCUCUGGAAGCUAAGGAGAAUGGGGCCCUCUCACUCCGAAACUCUGGCACCAACUAUCUGAUCCUGGACAACGACGCUCCAAGGCCUUCUCGGGUUCUGUUGGCUGCCCAGAUGGAGAAGGGACAGGAGAGUGGCGGGGUGUUUGUGACACCCAUUCUGGAGACAGUCUCUUCAUUCAGGCCCAAUGAUUUUGAAUCCAAACUCCUUCCUCCUGAAAACAAGCCUCUGGAAACAUCGAUGUUGAAACGUGCCAAGGAGUUGUUCACCAAUAACGAUCCCAAGGUCAUCGCCAAGCACAUGCUGAAGAUGGACUGCAAGGUUGCUAGGAUACUAGAGGUCUCUGAAGAGAUGAGGAGGAUCAUGGGAGUAAACUCAGGUCUGGAGCUCAUUACCUUGCCUUAUGGACACCAACUGCGCCUGGACAUCAUUGAAAGACACAACACGAUGGCCAUAGGCAUAGCAGUGGAUAUCCUGGGCUGCACAGGUAGUUUGGAGGAGAGAGCAGCAACAGUCCAUAAGAUCAUUCAGGUAGCUGUGGAACUGAAGGACUCCAUGGGAGACCUGUAUGCCUUCUCUGCCAUCAUGAAAGCCUUGGAAAUGCCACAAAUUACGAGGUUAGAACAGACGUGGACUGCUUUACGACACCAAUACACCCAGACUGCAAUCCUCUAUGAAAAGCAACUGAAACCUUUCAGCAAAACUUUACACGAAGGCAAAGAGACCAUGUGUGUUCCCCAAAACAAGGUAACAGUCCCACUGCUUAUGCCUCUAGUGACCUUGAUGGAGCGGCAAGUAGUCACCUUUGAAGGAACAGACAUGUGGGAAAAAAAUGAUCAAAGCUGUGAAAUCAUGCUGAGCCAUCUAGAAACAGCCCGAUUCAUAGCCCAGGCUGCAGACAUGUACCGAGCAAACUCGGAGAGGAUCCUAGAAGGUUUUCAGGCAGAUGAAGAAAUGAAUGAAAUCUUCAAGACUGAAUUUCAGAUGAGAUUGCUAUGGGGAAGCAAAGGAGCACAAGUCAAUCAAACUGAGAGAUAUGAGAAAUUCAACCAGAUUUUAACUGCACUCUCACGAAAAUUGGAACCUCCUCCUGUGAAGCAUGCAGAGCUCUGAAAACUCUUCAAGGAACUCUAACAUAUUAUUUCAACUUUAUCCAAUUUCCUCUUUGGGAAAGUUUAUUAUUUGAUAAAAUGAUUAAGUACAAAUGUGACAAUAUAAAAACUUUUGGUAUCCACAGGAUAUUUGAAAAUGUAAAUUGCACAGUGCACAUUUAUUUAUGAAUUGUUUAAAAUUACUACUGAUUUUUAAAGGAAUCAUAAUUUAUUAAUGUAAUUGUUGCUAAUGAUUUGUCAGUCAACUUUAAGAAACUACCUGGUGGGAUAGGGUUAGCUGAUCUCAUUUGAUCAGAUUUAACUCUUAAAAUAACUGCAUUUGACCACUUCAAGUAAUUUCAAUUCCCACAGGAUAAUGUAGCAGAAAUGUAAAUAGAGGAGUAGGUUAAGAACAGCAUGAAACAUUUCAGAAGGUAUCAGUUGUAUGAUAUUCUUUAAAUGAAUAUGAAAACUGUGUAAAUAGUCAUGAAUAAAAAUAUAUCUUUAUGUGAAUG